AUGGCUUUCCUUAGUACUUACUGCUGCGAUGAUCUACAGCACGUCGUUUACCAACCUCGGCUUGAACCAUUCAUCGAUCUCGAGGACGAGGGCCCUUUCUCCUCGGAAGAAUUUCUUCGUUUCGAUCUCGAUGUUUUGAGAGACUAUCAUCGGGCUUACCAAGUUCUUGCUCCCGUGCUAGGAAGACUCUUGGUCGCCAGCAACGUCUUUCUUACGUUCGAUCCUAUCAUUGAUGACAUCAUCCGACAUGGGCUUAAAAUCGAAAACUGGGCAUCCAACAGGGGACGUGAAGUAUUGAUUUUAUGUGCAGAGUUAUGGGGAACAGUUGUGGAACACAUAGAAUACCAGGAAGAGGCGGUUUUGCUGGGAAGAGCUUUGGAAGAAUCGGCGUCGGAGUCUGGAAUGGUUCCCGCGAAGGAGUCAUCGGUCAAGAGGAUGCUGAAGAGGGUUCGAGUUGAAGCUGGAGAGUGUGAUCAAAAGGCUGGACAAAAUAUCAAGAAAAGGCUCGUGAAAGUUGAAGAUUGCGUGAUCUGUUUGGAAGUAUUUAAAGUUGGAUCAGUGGCUUUGCAGAUGCCUUGUUCUCAUACUUUUCAUGGUGAUUGCAUUGAAAAGUGGUUGAAGCAAAGCCACUAUUGCCCUGUCUGCCGGUUUGAGAUGCCGACAGAGUGA